GAAAAGUUGACUAUAAGUGCGAUAAUAAGCGAAGAGAAAAGUGUCACAUAUUUUGAAGUUUUGUAUUGAUAUUCACACGAGACUUACCACUCGUGUCGACACUUAAUCGGUGUAUGAAUUAAGUUUGACUUCUCAUAAGAUUUGUGGAGUUGUGCGAAAAACACAUCUUCUUAUCUGUCAUUUGAGGAGCAUUUGAGUCGUUAAUAAAAAGAAAAGAAAAAAUGAUUACUUCGGAGAAAAAGACUCAUCAGACGAGUGGUGGUGUUUGGCGUCUACUAACUGGUGGCACCGGUAGUGGUAAUGAGUGGUCAUCACCCAGAGCUGGUCCGACCAUUUGCUGGCAGUUAACGACAGGCCUAUUGUGUUGCUUAGCAUUUGUGGUGUCCGUCGUAUGUCUGAUAAGGACUUUGAGUUUAGAGCAAAAGAUAUGGACUCUUGAAAGCAAUUGUGAAAAAUACGAGACUUUAAUACAUAAACUCAUUGAAAACUAUGAUCUAUUGGCCAUUAAAGCAAUUAAAGACAUUACAGGCAAUUAUGACAUGUCGACCGCCACUGAGGGCACAGGCUUUGCAGAUACUGUUCCCCAACUCGACAUCAAUGCCAUCAUUGAGGAGUCUUUAUUAUCAAUAUUUGUCGUCAAUAAGGAUGAGGGAAAGGGAAGGGAAGCCAAUGGAAAGCAAUACUACACUAAUGAAUGA